UGUUUCCUUAUUCCGCUGUUACUUGUUGCGCUGCCAGGGCACAGUGCGCGCUCCCACAGAGGCGGUCCGUAUAGUGUUUGUUUCUUCCGGGGGUCCCCCCACGCCCCGUCCUCAGACCAGCCGCGUGACAAUGGCGAGGACGUGGAGCGUGUUGAUGACGGCUUGUUUGUUGUCAGCCUCGCGUCCGUCCGUGGAGGGCCGAGAGAGGGUCUAUUAUGUGGCGGCCGUGGAGGGCUUGUGGGACUAUGCGCCAAGUGGAAAAAACCUGCUCAACAACGUGGAUGUCGCCAAGGAUGAGUUUGCGUCAAUAUUCCUGCAGAAAGGACCCCAACGUAUUGGCAGUGUGUACAAAAAGGCCAUGUUCCGACAGUACACCGAUGCCACAUACAGCACACAAGCCCCCCGACCACCCUGGUUGGGCUUCCUGGGGCCCGUACUGCGAGCGGAGGUUGACGAAGUUAUCGUGGUCCACCUGAAAAACCUCGCAUCCAGGAGCUACUCCAUGCAUCCUCAUGGAGUUUUUUAUGAGAAGAACAUGGAGGGAGCGCUUUAUCCAGACGGGACGUCUGGUAAGCUAAAGGAGGACGACUCCGUACCACCGGGGGGAAACUACACGUACCGCUGGGAGGUCAGACCCCAAUUCGCCCCCACGGAUGACGACGCCAACUGCCUGACCUGGGUCUACCACUCUCACGUGAACGCCCCCAAGGAUAUCGCCUCAGGACUUAUAGGGGCCCUGCUUACAUGCAAAAAAGGAAUCCUUAAUGAUAGUGAAAAGGGCACCGCUCGCAACGACGUGGCCCAGGAUGUCUUCCUGAUGUUCAACGUAGUGGAUGAGAACCUGAGCUGGUACCUUGAGGACAACAUUGAGAGCUUCACAGAUCGACCCGAGGUCUUCGAGGAUGAAGACUUUGAGGAGUCAAACCUGAUGCACGCCAUCAAUGGGUACAUGUUUGGUAACCUGCCCGGAAUUGAGCUGUGCCAGCAGCGUGCAGUGGCUUGGCAUUUGUUUGGCAUGGGUAACGAGGUGGAUAUUCACUCGGCCUUUUUCCACGGGAAUACUUUACUGGACCGGGGCCACCGAACGGACGUCCUGAGCCUUUUCCCGGCCACUUUUGCUACAGCUGAGAUGGUCCCGACAGCGGAGGGCAAGUGGCUGGUGUCCUGCCAAGUUAACGACCACAUGCAGGCCGGGAUGCAGGCCUUUUAUCAAGUCAAGUCCUGCAGCAAUGAGGUCAACUCCACAGCCAUGAGCGGUGUUGUCAGGAAUUACUACGUAGCAGCAGAGGAAUUGAUGUGGGACUACGCUCCAUCAGAAAAAGAUUUGAUCAGAAAUGUUUCCCUAACUGAAGCCAACAGUCCAUCAGAGACGUUUUUCGGUAAAGACGGCGGUCGGAUUGGUGGUCGCUAUUAUAAGGCAUUAUACAGAGAGUACACAGACGAUACAUUCAGCACUAAAAAAACCCGGCAAUCGGAUUCCUUCCACCUGGGAAUCUUAGGUCCGAUCCUUAGGGCGGAGGAAGGAGACACCCUCCGAGUGACUUUCAAGAAUAAAGCUGCUGGAAGAUGCAGUAUUCAGCCUCAUGGUCUGCACUACGAUAAACGUUUCCAGGGAAGCAGCUAUGAGGAUGGUGUUGACAAGCCUGGCGCCCACGUUGGUCCGGGGGAAACCUUUAUCUACACCUGGCAGGUCCUUGAAGGUCCGUCGUCGUCGGAUUCUCCAUGCAUCCCUUACUUGUACUACUCUGCAACGGACCCUGUGGAGGAUACCAACACAGGAUUAGUAGGACCUUUGCUCGUGUGUGCCAAAGGAACGCUAGGAGAGAACGGAACUCAGAAGAGUGUGGACAAGGAGUUCUUUCUUCUGUUUUCUGUCACGGAUGAAAACCUGAGCUGGUAUUUGGAGUACAACAUGGAGAUGUUUGGCAGCAACGACAUAAACAUGGACGAUGAAGACUUCCAGGAGAGCAAUAAAAUGCAUGCCGUAAACGGUUACAUGUACGGGAACCUUCCAGGACUGGAUAUGUGUGCGGGUGACAAAGUCAUGUGGUACACAUUCGGGCUCGGUACCGAGGUGGACAUCCACGGCGUUUACUUCCAAGGGAACACCUUCAAAAAGCAGGGCACCACACGUGACACCGUCAGCCUCUUCCCUCACACCACUGCUACUGUGGAAAUGGACCCAAACACUCCUGACACUUACGAGGUGAGCUGCAGGGUAACAGACCACUAUUCAGCCGGAAUGAGGCAACAGUACAGGGUGACCUCCUGCCCGGGCCGCAACAUAAAGAGCAUGCACACUGUGCCUACCAACACGGUUGAGUAUUUUAUCGCGGCUGAAGAAGUAGAGUGGGACUACUCGCCUGACAGGCAGUGGGAGCUGGAGAACCACCACAGCACAUCCGAGGACAGUCCAGGCGAUACAUUUGUGGGUAAAGGGCCAAAUCAAAUCGGUUCCCGCUACAAGAAGGCGGUGUAUCGAGAAUACAGCGAUGACACCUUCAGAGUUCAGAAGAGAAGGAAUGACAACCAACAGCACUUGGGGAUUUUGGGUCCAAUCAUCAAGGCAGAGGUGGGAGAACAGAUCGUGAUUACAUUCAAGAACAAAGCCAGCUAUCCGUAUAACAUUAAUGCACAUGGAGUUCAAGCCAGUGGCACUUCGAUUGCUGUCGAACCCGGCUAUGUGAUGACGGUGCAGUGGGAUGUACCUGAGCGCUCUGGACCGGGGGACUCGGACCCAAACUGCAUUUCCUACGCCUACUACUCAGACGUUGAUUUCAUCAAGGAUGUAUACAGCGGUCUUCUGGGCCCGCUGGUAGUCUGCAGGCGUGGGACUCUGAGGGGCAAGGGGCCUGACCGACAGAGGGCAGACGUGGAGAAGGAGUUCGCUUUGCUUUUUAUUGUCCAUGAUGAAAACCAGUCUCACUAUCUGAAAGACAACAUCAAAGAGUACCUGGAGGAGAACCCUGACAACUUCACAUCAGAUGAAGCCUUUGAGGAGAGCAACAAGAUGCACGGGAUUAAUGGUAAAUUGUAUGGUAACCUACGAGGACUGGAGAUGACCCAGGGCCAAAAGGUGAACUGGUACUUACUGGGGAUGGGCAACGAGGUGGACAUGCACACCGUACACUUUCAUGCUGAGACUUUUACCUACAAGACGGACCGCGAGCACCGCGCAGACGUCUUUGACCUCUUCCCGGGGACUUUUCAAACGGUGGAGAUGGUGGCUGGAAACCCGGGAACUUGGCUGCUCCACUGUCACGUGACCGACCAUAUCCAUGCAGGCAUGGAGACCACUUUUACCAUCAAAGAUCCAAACAACUCUUCACACGCACCUGCUACUGAAGGCUCCGUAUGGAUGCUGCUGCUCUUCCUUACAUUUGGACUUGUGGUUGUGCACUGAUGAACUCUGGGGGCUGUCAAACUACACUGGAAAAAAAAAAGGGCAAAAUCACAAUUGAGUUUAUGUUUGCUUGAUUUGUGUCACAAUAUAUGGAAGACUGUACAAUCAUGGCUGGACUUAAAGUGAAUGUGAUGACCAUAGAAUCUUUUUAUGUAUCCUGUAUGUGAAAUCUUUCGGUUUUGUUGUUCAGCGUCAUUUACUCGGCUGGGUUCGCCAGGCACUGCUGCACCAAAUAUUUGAUAUUAAUGUACUGUACAAUAAAGCUGCUUCCUUAA